AAUUUUUGCAUUUUUAGUAGAGACGGGGUUUAAGCAUGUUGGCCAUAAUAAUCUCGAUCUCUUGACCUCGUGAUCUGCCCGCCUCGGCCUCCCAAAGUGCUGGGAUUACAGGCCUGCGCCACCGCACCCCGUCUAUCUGCGAUCUUUCAAAAAUGCCAAAGCCCAGACCAACUGCACCAUGUCUCUGGGGGCGGGACCCGGGCUUCCGUAUUUGUGAAACUCCCCAGGUGGUCCCAAGAAGCUUGGGAACCGCUAGGAGGGGCUUCACACCUUCUCAAAGCCCUUUUAGAGCCACUUUCCCAUUUGAACCUCACAUUAAACCUGCUUAUUUCACAGGGUAGGGUUUUGUCAAAAACUAGAUACAUAUGUGUGUAUGUACAUAUACAUUUAUCAGAUUGUGAAAGCAAUGUGUACUCCCUGCAGAAAUUUUAGAAAUAAAUUUUAAAGAAGAAAAUGAAAAUUACCCGAGUCUUACCACUUAUGACAGUUACUAUUGACGUCUGCUUUAUUUCUUUUAUUUCCUUGCUUUCUUACAGCUGAGGAAAUUGAGAUAGAGAAACAUUAAGUAACUCUCCCAGGGGCCAGAUGCAGUGGGUCACGCCUGUAAUCCCAGCACUUUGGGAGGCUGAGGCGUGAGAAUUGCUUGAACCCGGGAGGUGGAGGUUGCAGUGAGUCAAGAUCACGCCCUAGCCUGGGUGAUAGAGUGAGACUCCAUCUCUAAAUAAAUAAAUAGCUUUCCCAGGGUACUGAAGCUAGCAAGUAGCAGAGCCAGGAUUUGAACCCAUGGUACGGAUGGAGUCCGUACUAGUGGGGGGACUAGUGUGUGCCGAGGACAGGCAUGUAUCCGGGCCCACUACAUGAAGGGGUCUGUGAAAACAGGAGGCUCAGCAGGAACGGGGAAGGCGGCCUUUGGUGCUGGCUGGUUUCUACGUUGCCGUUGUGUAUCUGAAACAGGAGAAUGCAGCCAAAUGCCACGUUCAUCACCCAGCUCACAGCCACUCCUGAGCGACUGCUCCGACUAGUCUUUGCUGGGGUCUGCGGCCUUGUCCUGCUGGUGGGGCUGGCAGCUAAUGGGCUCACGCUGCUGGCGGUGGGCCGGGGCCUGGGCACCCCCCACCCGCUCCACGCCCUGACCCACAGUCUCAUGAUGAACAUCACACUAUCUGACCUGUUCUUCGUGGCCUGCGUCGUGCCCGUGCUGCUGCUCAGCUUCCUGCAGCAUGACUGGUGGCUGGGCCCUGCCAUCUGUACCAUUAGCCAGGCCACCAACACAGCCACCAUGUUCUGCACCUUCUACAGCAUGGUGGCCACGGCUCUUCUGUGCCACAUGGCUGUGGCCCAGCCUGACAUGGCCUUCCCAGCCGGCUGGGGCACCUGCUUGCUGCUCUGUGGGGCCAUGUGGGCCCUGGGCCUUACCGCAUCCCCGCCCAACUGGCUGUUCCAGCGGGUGGCAGUGGAGGAGGAGACAGCGUGGGCUCCUGAGACCCGGGCCUGCCUCUUGCUCCUGAGCCCUGCUGGGACCUCCCGCUCCUUCAGCCUGCUGGGAGCCCUGGCCUUCCUGCCAUGCAUGCUGGGGCUGGGCUGCUCUUUCAGCCACGUGGGCUGGCUCCUGUGGACAUAGCCCCGAGGCCCUGUGGGGGAGAGCAUCCAGGAGCACCAAGAGAACACAGGGCUCAUCCUUGUGGUGCUGGUGGCUUUUGUGCUGAUGUGAGGGCCCUGUUCCAUGCUGGGCUACGUGGCAGCCAUGGACCACCUGCCUGCCUCCCCAGCUGCCUUUGUGGCCUCCAGCCUCUGCACCAUCCUGGCCUACUCCAAUUGCUCUGUCAGCCCUAUCCUCUGCUUCUACCUCUCCCGCCCCUUCCAGGCAGGACUCAGGGACCUCUUCUGCAGGCCGACGAUGGCCAGGCAUCCCAGAGGUGUGGGAGUGGUGGCCUCAGUGAUGGCGACUGUCCAGCCUGGCCAUGACAGGGCCCCAGGAGGCCUGUGGGGCCUGGGGGCGGGGGCAUCUAAGAGUAUAGGCUAAUAGAGGGGCUGAGAUUCAAGGGAGAUGAGAAGACCCUUAAGGACCUGAGAGCCCACCCCCUCUAUUUUAUCAGUGGAGAGACUGAGACCCAGAGGGCAGAUGGCCCAACCAAGGUCACAAAGCAACGGAAUGGCUCAGCUAGAGCUCACAUCUCUAGGUAACCGGGUGUAUCUUCUCACUCCACCUUCAGGCUCAGAUACCUGUAGGUUCCACUGCUCUCUAACUGUGUGAUCCUGAGCAAGGAAGGCCCUUAUGCGCUGUCUCAGUGUUCUCAUCUGGAAAAUGGGAUGAGAGUACAUACCUUUCUCACAGGGUUGUUAUGAAGAUGAAUUUACUAAACACAUGUAAAGUGAUUAGAAGGAUGCUUAGUAAGUGCAUAUGCGUGCUGGUCAUUGCUACUGUUAUUAUUUUUAUUCAGGGGCAUUUGAGGUGAGUGGACAAGAGGAGGGCUUUUCUUCUCCCCAGAGCCCAAUUCGAGGUCCCAUCUUUCCCACCCUCCAUGCCCUCUGUCUGGCCUGCUCAGGGAUGGCCUCAGGCUUCUGUGUUGGCCUGGAAACCUGGGAGAUUGUCUCUACUGAAAUUCCCAAGACAGCUUGGUGUGUGUUUUGCUUGGGGAUGUGUUUUGUUGGUGAUGGUGUUACCAGCAAAACACACACACACACACACACACACACACACACACAGCAUCCUACUCUGUGGUACAAAGCUUGAGAAACAUUGGGUUGAAGCAAAUCAAACUGGUCUCUUUGCCGUAGGACUUAUCAGAGCCUUGAAUACCCAAAAGGCCACUGAGACUCUUGGAGAGGGGCUCACGGCAGGCAGGUUCCCUAACUCCAUGCCAGGGAACCAGCGAUCCGUGGCACACACCUUGGGAAAGAACCGCGAGAGAUACAGCAGUGUCAGGCAUGGGAAAGAUGCUCUUGGCAUCCCGUCCCGCCCCUGGCAGUGGCUCUGCACCUCAGUCCCCCUGCCAGGCAGUCACCCUCUCCUGACACUUUCCCACAGAGCCUGUGGUGAGGUGACAGGAGCUGCCGGUUAUGGGAACUUCCCUCCUUCCAAGCUGUGACCCCACCCUGUUCCCACUCAAAGCGUAUCAGAAUGUAAGUCACAGGGGCAUGUAAUUAUAGGGACAGCCGUGAAUCAGCACCCAUUUACUAAAAAAUCAUCAGGAGCAGACAGGUCCCAAACUUCGGUCUAAUUCGUUCUAAAUUUCAUGUGAUGUCCAGGGUGGGAAUGGCUGCCUGGAGGGCUAACCUGGGAACAAACCUGCCCGGAGAAGGGAGGAAUCCCCUUUUGCUAUGAUCCUGGUCCCUGAGGGCCACAGGGAUGUAUGUGUGAAGAGGGACAAGAGGAAAGCAGUGUUUCUUAGGCACCUACAAUGCAGUGGGUCCUGGGUGCAUGUCACAUCUGUCACGUGUAACCAUCUGUACUCAUCCCUCUGGCCAAGCGAUGACCCCGCAAGGGCCGGGGUGGUGGUGACGACCCCAUUGCGCAGGGGCUGCAGGACUCCUCAUGGCACAGUUACUCUGGUGGCCACAGAUCACUCAGCCCCUCCUGAUGGCUUGGCAUCAGUGCCCCAUUGUUGUAGGCUUUCCUUGCUCACUGCCCCUGAGCAGGGGCACCCCUGAGAGUGCAGUUCUAUGUGUGCGUCUCCAGCCUGGUCUCCGAUACCUGAGUGGGGGCCUGGCACUAAUGUUUGGUGAAUACUUGUUGGGGGAUGAAUGAAUGAGCGAUCAAAUGCAAUAAAACAAUCCAUUUAUUUUAGAGGAGAUUCUGAUGACUUCUCUCACCUC